AUGGAUUCAUCGCCGGGUCUCGGUUCGCAGAAGGCGGAGAAACUCGUCGACCCAGAACGCGAUCGUCAUGGAGUUGCUCUUGAUCCUCACGUGCGGGAUUCAAUGCAUGUCAGGCGAAAUUCGAGGUUGAACAGGAGGGCGAUCUCGCUGACGUGGCAAGACAUGUGGGUGACCGUGGGAGAUGACGAGAACGCGUGCGUACCCAUCCUCCAGGGGCUCACGGGCUUCUCCCGACCCGGCGAGGUGUUGGCGAUCAUGGGGCCGUCCGGAUGUGGCAAGUCCACUCUACUCGAUGCAUUGGCUGGGAGGCUGGAUUCCAAGAGAAGGCUAGGUGGUCAAAUCCUUGUUAAUGGCCGGAAAGAGCCCCUGGCUUAUGGGACGUCGGCUUAUGUGACACAAGACGACGUGCUAACGUCGACCCUCACCGUGAAAGAGGCCGUCUACUUCUCGGCUCAGCUUCAGCUGCCCGACACGAUGCCGCCGCCGGAGAAGAAGCGGAGAGCAGAGGUCACCAUCAAGGAGAUGGGUCUCCAUGAUGCGGCGGGCACGAGGAUCGGCGGCUGGGGGAGCAAGGGCCUGAGCAACGGCCAGCGGAGGAGGGUCAGCAUCUGCAUGGAGAUCCUGACCCGCCCCAAGCUCCUCUUCCUCGACGAGCCCACGAGUGGCCUCGACAGCGCCGCGUCCUACUACGUCAUGCGGCGCAUUGUCAGCCUUGCGAAGCAGCAUGACAUGACCGUCCUCGCAUCGGUCCACCAGCCAAGCAGUGAGGUGUUUGGGCUUUUCCACAACUUGUGCCUCCUCUCUCAGGGACGAACCGUCUAUUUCGGUCCUUCUAGUAAAGCACCAGAGUUCUUUUCUCUGAACGGUUUCCCAUGUCCAAGUAUGCAAAAUCCGUCGGAUCACUACCUCAGAAACAUCAACACAGACUUUGACGAGGACAUUGACCCAGGUUUAGGAGGAAAGCCAAGGACACAGGAAGUGAUUAAAGUGCUCGUGGAAUCUUACAAAUCAUCCGACUGCUAUAGGCACAUCCAACAACAGAUCGCUGACAUUCAUGAAAUGGUGGACAAGGAAGGACACGAGAAAGAGAGCCGAGCUCGUUUCUUUACCCAAUUCCUUGUCCUCACGACAAGGUCAUUCAUGAACAUGUACCGUGACCUGGGAUACUAUUGGAUGCGCCUCCUCAUGUACGUCGCCAUAGCUUUGAGUUUGGGAACGGUUUUCUACCACAUCGGCUCUGACUAUGAUUCUAUUCAGGCUAGAGGUUCACUGAUAACGUUCGUCGCUUCUUUCUUGACAAUAAUGGCAAUCGGUGGCUUCCCUUCGUUUGUCGAAGAUUUGAAGGUAUUCGAAAGGGAAAGAUUAAACGGACACUAUGGAUCUGGCGCAUUCGUUCUCGCCAAUAUGCUCUCUUCCGUGCCCUUCUUGCUUAUGAUAUCCCUAAUUCCCGGAGCUAUCACGUACUAUCUCGUGGGCCUCCAGAAAGAACUUGGUCACUUCCUAUACUUCGCCACAACUCUUUUCGCCUGUAUGAUGCUGGUGGAGAGCCUGAUGAUGAUUGUGGCAAGUGUCGUCCCAAGCUUCCUCAUGGGGCUAACUGCCGGUUCGGGAAUCCAGGGACUAAUGAUCCUUGGGGGCGGUUUCUUUCGCCUGCCGAAUGACCUUCCCAAGGUAUUCUGGAGAUAUCCACUCUACUACUUGUCCUUCAACAGGUACGCGUUUCACGGUUUGUUCAAGAACGAGUUCGAGGGCCUAAUGCUUCCCAGGAAUCCGGCCUCUUCGGCAGGGAGCGGCUUGAUCAGCGGUGAAGAUGUGCUGAGGGGUAUAUGGCAAGUGGAGAUGCGUUACACCAAGUGGACCGAUCUCGCCAUAUUGUUUGAGAUGGUGGUCGUGUACCGGCUCAUUCUCUUCGGUGUCCUGAAGAUGACCGAGACUUUGAAGCCAGUCGUCAAAGAGAUCAUGUCGGCAUGGCAGCAAAAGGGCCGAGACUCAGUGAAUCCGUUACAGGCGUCGUCACCAGAGUCGGAGGGCAACAAUGCAGUGGCACAAGGCUGGGUGGGGGCUAGGAAAACAAGUACAGGGCAUCUGCAAUUGAAUCUAUGCUGA